AUGCAUGUAACAUGUGUACUAGUUGGAUUAAUAUUUAUCACCUGCGAAUAUGCAAAUAGUAAUGAAGAUCGAUAUUAUUUUGAAUUAAUAUUAAAAGCACUAUGGCGAUAUCCUAUUGUAAAACAACUACUUAUUCGUUUUUGUAGUAAAGAACUUGAUAAAUGUAAAAAUGGUCAAACACUUCGAUCGUAUACGAAUGCGAUCAAUGAUAAUAAUCUACAAAAAAUUCUAGAUAAUCUAAUUGAAUGUUUUAAAAAUUCCGAAACCUGUUUUGAAAUUGAAGAUUGGCAUUCAUGGUCAGAAUGGAGUUCAUGUUCAGUGACUUGUGGCAUUGGUAAGAAUAAAAAUUGA